AUGUCACACAAGCCUGCAUCAGCCCUCAAGACCAUUCCACUCGUCUGGCCCUUUGCUGUCUGGGGACUGGACAUGGUUGGUCCACUGAGAACAGGCAGGAGCGGUUUCACUCAUGUGCUUGUGGCAGUCGACAAAUUUACCAAAUGGAUUGAAGCUAAGCCCAUCAAGAAUCUCGAUGCUUGCACUGCUAUCAGUUUCGUCAGAGGGCUAACAUUCAGAUAUGGGGUCCCGCAUAGCAUCAUCACUAACAAUGGGUCAAACUUCGAUUCAGACGAGUUCAGAGCUUUUUGCGCCUCUCAAGGCACACGAGUCGACUACGCGUCGGUCGUGCAUCCCCAGUCGAAUGGACAAGCUGAAAGAGCAAAUGGUCUGAUUCUCAAAGGACUGAAGCCUCGACUGAUGCGUGAUCUCAAGCACGCAGCAGGCGCUUGGGUCGAUGAGCUUCCGUCAGUUUUGUGGGGACUGAGGACCACCCCGAACCGGUCGACUGGAAGAACGCCGCUCUUUCUGGUUUACGGAGCCGAAGCCGUCCUGCCGAGUGAUCUACUUCACAACGCCCCCACAGUCGAGCUUUAUAACAAAGACGAAGCAGAGCAAGCCCGGCAAGACGCAGUCGACCUCCUAGAGGAGGAGAGGGAAAUGGCUAUGAUCAGGUCGACCAUCUAUCAGCAAGACUUGCGUCGAUUCCAUGCCAAAAAUGUGAAGAGUCGAGCCUUCCAAGAAGGAGAUUUGGUCCUCCGAGUGGAUCAACAGAAACCACACAAACUUCCCCGGCCGCCAGAGCCUCCAGACGGCGGGGUCUCGCCACCACUGCCUGACGGAGGGGAGGCAGGUGGCGGCAGAGGUGGCAGCUCCGGAUCGUCCUCUUCAUCCACAACCGGCUGGGCGAGCUUGAAGAUGUUGAUGGUGUACCAGAGAGAUGCCGUGCGAGUCGCACGCACCGCACCGCCAUGCAGCCUAUGUGGCUCCUCAAUGAAGAUCCGCCGCCGCUCAGGGAUACGCUCUGGCUUGUCGGUACGCAGCCAAACCUUGAAACAUGACAUGUCCCACCGUGAGGCCGUGCUCUCCGCCAGGCCGACGACCAUCCCCAAUCCACGAAGCACGCAAUCCACAGUCCUCCUCGUCCAGGCGUGGGCUAGCACACCCACCAGGGCCAACGGCACGAGGAACGGGAGCGUAACCCCGGUCGCCUGGGCCUACCGGAGCCAGGGGCGCAGCGACAAGGAGAAGCUGAAGACCUUCGGUGAAGGACCACCAUGCCGAACCAUCCUGUCACGGGUGCUCUACCUCUUGCAAAGGACAAGGAAGUCCUCCAGAUGGAAAGCAUGA